AUGCCUCGGCUAGCCAAUGAUGAACGUAACAGAGCAGUGCAGUUACUAUUGGGUGGAAACACCCAAAAUGCUGUGGCAAGGGUACUGAAUGUCCAUAAAAGCACUGUUAGUCUACUAUACGCCCGCCUUAGAACUACUGGUACAACUGCUGACCUCCCUAGAACUGGCCGACCGAAGGUAACGACACCACGCCAGGACCGUUUCAUGAGGUUGCAGCAUCUGCGCAACCGCUUCCGAACUGCACAGAAAAUCGCAAACGAGACACCAGGGACACAUCAUCCGAGAAUAAGUCAUGAUACUGUGCUGAGGCGUUUGCGAUCAUACGGUAUAAAACCUCAACGCGUUGCAGUGGGAUUGCCACUUAACCGUCGACGACGUGACAUCAGGCUUCAGUGGUUGCGACAACACCGUCCAAAUGUAUUUCCUAUGCAAAGAUGGCGCCGUGUUCUCUUCUCUGACGAGUCCAGAUUUACGUUUUAUCGCUCUGAUGGACGUUGA